UAGGUCAACGUUGUCAUCCAUGCAGGUAGUCUUUGAACGGCGCAUUUUUUCCUGAUUUAGAAACGACUUCCCUGUCUUCGGGGUUCCACGCGCACUCCGUUCCGAGCCAACUGGAUGACGCAUAGGAAACCAGCAUGCUCGACGGGAAGACGUUGCCUUAAUAUUUUCUGUACAGUGCGUUACGGGUAUCCCAAAGUCCUGCAGCGGCCAUGGCCGGCGACGGCCGUCCUCUGGUUGCUGUCGUCGGAGCUGGAAGCAGCGGUCUGCCUUCGAUCAAAGCAUGCAUCGAGGAAGGCCUCGAUGUGAUCUGCUUCGAGAAGACAGACCACUUGGGCGGCUUGUGGCAAUACACUGAGGAAGCCGCUCCGGGUGUCGGCGGCGUAGCGCGGAACACGGUGCUCAACUCCUCCAAGGAGAUGUCAGCCUACAGCGACUUUCCGCCCCCCGCCGACUUUCCGAACUUCAUGCACCACAGCGCUUUACUUAAAUACCUCAGGUUGUAUAGCGACCAGUAUGGUCUGGAACGGUACAUCCGAUUCAAUCACCAAGUGACGUCUGUCCUGCCUUGUGUCGACCACUCAGCCACUGGCCGCUGGCUUGUGCAGGGCAACGACUUAAAGAGUGGCCUUCCAUUUGUGGCGCUGGUCAACGCCGUGGUCGUCAGUUCUGGCCACAAUGCCCAACCCAAGUGGCCUAGCUUCCCUGGCACUCGGGACUUCAAGGGACGUGUACUCCACGCACACUCCUAUCGCAAGGCUGCUCCUUUCGAAGAUCGCGCUGUCCUGGUAGUGGGCUUGGGAAACUCAGCAGGUGACAUUGCUACAGAGCUCAGUUACGUCUGCAGCCAGGUCCACCUGAGCACUCGACGAGGUGCCUGGGUCAUGCCGCGCAUCGGACGUUUUGGCCGCCCCACCGACCUCUCUUUGAACACGAGGGCUCUGGACACAGCCAGAAGAGUCUUGCCUGAAAGCGCAGCUUGCCACCUAUUCGAACGUCGCCUCAACUCUGCCUUCGACCACAGCCUUUACAAUUUACGUCCCGAGCACAGAGCCCUCAAUCAGCAACCAUUCGUCAGUGACGUGCUUCCUUCCCGCAUUCUUAGCGGGACCAUCAGGGUGCAUGCCAACGUGUCGCGGUUCAACACUGACUCUGUAACGUUCGAGGACGGCGAACAGGUCCCCAUCGAUGACGUCAUCUUCGCCACUGGUUACUGGAAACACUUCGACUUCCUUCCAGCGGAAGUCGCCAAGUGUAUUCGGGAAGACCGUGUCGACCUGUAUAAGUUAAUCUUCCCCACCAGGCUGGAGCACCCGACUUUGGCUUUUGUCGGCUUGAUCGACCCCAUCGGUGCGUUCUGGUCUGUCGCAGAAAUGCAGGCACGCUUCGCCGUCGCUGUCUUUACCGGAAAACUCUCCGUUCCGGACACUCGUUCUAUGCUGGUAGAAAUAUCGCAAAGAACGAGAAGAAUCGGCGUCAAAAGUGACCGUUACGCUACACAGGUACGCUGGAUCGAGUACAUGGAUGAUCUUGCGUCUUCCAUCGGGGUUAGGCCCAAUUUAGCUCGCAUGGCCGUGAAAGACCCAACGUUGUUCUUACAGUGUUUCACGGGGCCUUGCCUUCCGUACCAGUUCCGCUUGGAAGGUCCUCAUAGAUGGGAAGGCGCUCGAGAGGCCAUCAUGACGUACGAAGAGCGUGUGGCCUCGGCGCUGUCGCCGCAAACGGCAGCUAAUACUCACAUCCGAAGGGCUAUGAGCAACGCUUUCGAUUUCAUCGGAAGCUGUGGUCUCAUGCUAAUUUUGUCAUAUUUAAUCUCACUCGCUGUAUGACGAAACAAACAAGGCGACAUUGACGUCUUGGCGUACUUUCCAUUUCCAAAGAAAAAAUAAAAGACGCCUUGUUGAUUUU